AUGCGGACGGCCACCGCCUUUUUGGUCACUGUUUUGACCCUUCUUCAGAUCUCAUCAGUUGCUUUUGCUGCACCAACCGUUUGUAACUCAACCUUCUUUGAUUGUCAGUCUGGCAGUCCAAGAUGUAUUCCCCUUGAGUGGAUAUGCGAUAAUGUCCGAGAUUGUGCAAAUGGAUUCGAUGAGGCAAAAUGCAAAUUCAAGCAUGACUGUACCGGAAACACAAUGGCCUGCAGGGAUGGAGAAUGUAUUUCUGCCGCUUUCAAAUGCGACGGAACUGUUGAUUGCAUGGAUGGUUCAGAUGAAGUCGCUUGUGGAAGUUAUCCCCCUCCACCAAAUAACAAUAUGCAUUUCUCUUUCGGAAAUGGUUUCAUUUCUGCUUGCUCUCAUCCUAAGUACCAAUGUCGCGGUAAUGGACCAUGCAUUGCAGCUUCAGCUGUUUGCGAUGGCGAUAGGGACUGUCCAUAUGGAGAUGAUGAAGUUCAAUGUGAACACCUUGAACACGAUGAUGAAGACGAUCAGCCUAUUCAAUGUAGUUCAAACUCCAUGACUUGCGCUGAUGGAUCCGCUUGCGUUCCUCUUGCUUGGCUUUGUGAUGGAGCCAAAGAUUGUGAUGAUGGUUCGGAUGAGACUGACUGUGAUGCUUCUGAAGAAUUGGGUGCUCAAGAAAACGUAAAAUUGUGCUCCAAGGAUGAGUUCCGUUGCUCAGGAAAUGAGGGACAAUGUAUUUCAUUCAAUAGAACUUGCGAUAGUAAAAGAGAUUGUCCUGCUGGAGAUGAUGAGGGAGAACACUGUGAUGAGUGUCGAUCUCUGAACUGUGAAUACAAGUGCCACAUUUUCUCUGCUGGAGUCAAGUGUCAUUGUGGACCUGGAACCGAGCUUGCUGAUGAUGGAUACUCCUGCAUUGAUAUAGAUGAAUGUCUCGAAGAAGGCAAGCAUUGCCAGCAUUAUUGUGAAAAUUCCCACAACAAAUUCCACUGUAAAUGCGCUGCCGGUUAUUCCUUGGGAAGAGAUGGAUUCACCUGUAAACUCGAUUCCACCCAUGACGGAAGAAUUUUCAUCGCUCUGGGUAAUGAAAUCAGAAGAAUGCCAAUUUUCGAUCCCCUUGACUCAACUGAUGGUUAUUCCGUACAUCAAGAUAUUGGUUCUCAUGGAUUGGUAAAAUCUAUUGAUUAUGUUGUAUCCACCGGUCAAAUGUAUGCCGCCAUCAUGAGGAGUCCUCAAGAAGGAGAACUGGCUGUAUCAGUGAAUGGGCAUCUCAAAGUUAUCCGUGAGAAUGUUAUUGGUAUUGGUCAGGUCGUUGUAGACUGGUCAACCAAGAAUGUGUACUUCACCCAGAAAUAUCCCGCUCCUAAUCCAGGAAUUACUAUCUGUACUGCCAAUGGAUUCUAUUGCAAGCAAAUCAUCCGCGGAGUUGAUGCUGAUUCCGAUGAUGCUUCUAAGAGACAAAGUUACAUGGGACUUGCUAUCUACCCUCAGAGGGGUCUCUUGUUUUGGAUCGAUUCUUAUGGAGGCCACUUCAAGAUUUGCGUAUGCAAUUUGGAUGGUAGCGAAUCAAGAACUCUGGUCGACAACAAGUUGGAUUACCCAAUGGGAUUGACUGUAGAUUCCAUCCGCGGAGAACUCUAUUUCGGAGAUGUUGAGAAAGGUCUCAUCGAGAAAAUUAACAUUGCCACUCUUGAGAGACACAUUGUUUUGUCUAAUGGCGUCCUUCAUCCAUAUGAUAUGUUGGUUUUCAAUGGAGAUAUCUAUUGGUCUGAGUGGGGAACUCAAGCUUUGAAGAAGGUCCAGCUUAGUCACCAUCACUCUACAGCUACAAUCGUUCACUCUUACCAUAAGUUCCCAUAUGGUAUUGCUGUCAAUCACUCCAUGGCACAGCCCUCCAUUCUUCAUGAUCCCUGCAAGAAGAUCAAUUGUAAUUGGAUGUGCACUAAUAUCUUUGAUCAUAAUAACCAGCCCGCUGCUAGAUGCGUUUGUCCUAAUGGUUAUAAGUCUGAAGAUAACGACUGUAUUCCUGAGAUUGGCAUGAGACACAAAUAUACCGAAAAUGAAUCUUACACUGGCUUUGCCGUCAUGAAAGAGUUGUGUGAUCAAAACAAAGCUUGCUUCAACGGUGGAGUUUGCGAAGAGGUCGCAGUCGAUGGAAUCACCAGCAACAGAAUCAUCUGCACUUGCGCCGAUGAGUUCGAUGGUGCUCACUGCGAGCAUUUAAUGGAAGCUUCUGCACUCACAGAUGAAGAAGGACAAAGCGUUUGGAUGUCCGUUGUUUUCUUCUUCUUAUUCUUGGCUUUCUCCGUCACCCUCGUUAUCUUCCUCUAUCACAACAAGGAAAGGAUCCAAGCUGUUGGAAAGAUGGGAGCAUCUCGUCUCAACCAAAUGAAUAUCGCUCCUAAAGUUUCUCCAAUCGUGGAAAACAUCCGUAGCCAUAUCCCAUCUUUGGCCAGAACUCCCAAGACUCCAGGACAAACCAGUACCACAUGCGUAAGAGUAGAAUUCGAUAACCCAAUGUUUAACGACUGUGCUAUCCCUGCUACUGGCGAAAGUUCAAUUGGAAACAGAAAUCAAAACGAAAACGAAGAAGUUCGUUCUAACCCAAAUACGCAAUCAUCUUACUCUAAUCCACACUAUGUCGAACCUCCCGUAACCACUGCUGGUCCAUUCUCUGGUUAUGAAGUUUCUUACAGUAAUAAGUUCGUUUAUUAG